UCAUCCCGGAAACAUCUACCAGUGCUUAUCAGUUAAAACUACCAUCUUCAUACGCCCACGAGGAUAAGCUCGGACAGCUCAGAGCAUAAACCAUCGACAUGGUUCGAGCGAGUGUGGUUCUCCAUGUCUCUCUGAAUCAGUGCUAAAAACAGAAGUGCUUCAUCAUGGCCAUUCUAGGUGCCUUUGGAAACGUAUCAUCCACCGCACAUUUCUGAGUUCGAUCGUCAUGUUCCGUAUCAGUCACAUGGUUGUUCCCCCCCACCAACCACCGCCGACGCUGGUGUGGGUUGUGGUAGCGUUGCAAAACCAUGAACCACUUGGCCACCGAACAAAGAAAACCAUGGUUUCAUGGCACAAACACUACGAUUGGCCGUAAAAACCAUGUUUGCGGUGCCGGUGGCAGCGGCGUAAUCUCUCGAAAACCAUUUUUCUGCCUGCUGGUGUGAGUGCAUCUCAUGCGCCUACUUUUAUCGCGGUUCUCAACCACGAAUCAUGGUUGGCGGCUGCUAAUGCGUAGUUACCACGCGAUCGAUGAGUGGUUGGUUGGCUACGGGUGGUUACAGAGUCGAACGACGUCUUUCACAUUAGUCGGUCACACAUCGCAAUCCGGUUAGGUUUCCUGCUUAUUUGUGCGAUCCGUUGAAGGGCUAACCGGGGACAUACCAAGAGCAUCCUUCAAGUGCUUACAGUUGCACUGUAGGACUACACGCAGAGUGCCGGCUUUUGAGUGGUUUGCGUUGCGAGAAAACAGCGGGAAAGGUGAAGCAAUCAGGCGAAGAAUUCCGCACAAAAAACAUGCUCCACAACAACACCUAGAGCAAGCAAGCAAGCAGAGACGAUCAAAAAGAAGCCCUCCUCAGGUGGACGUCCGUUGAAUUAGUCUGUUCUAAAUCAUCGUUUCGCGCAGCUUUUGUUGUGCGCCGCAUGCCAUUGUGGUGUGGUUAAGCGAGUAGUGUGCCGGUGUUCGAGGAAGACGGUACCGGGAAACACGCAUACCCGGGUUGUGAUUGCGUGUACGCUUUGGCAGACACAACAGUCGCGUUCGCGAAACAGUCAGCGACAACGUGCCCCGGUCGAGAUUGGGAGAGCAUUCCGCACGCAGAAGAGACAACAGCACACCCGGACUCCACGAUGAUGAACCUUACCAGCGCCUUUCUGGACGAAACGUUCGUGUAUCUGUGCAAAGAGAUGGGACACUAUGUACCGGAGUUUAUCGGUUCGAUUGGCUACGUACCGUGGAUGUUUUCGUUGCUCGGUUCCGCGCUGAUCGGGCUGAGCGGUAUCCUGCCAAUGUUCAUUAUUCCAGAUCCAUCUAAAUCACCGAAAGGAGAAGCAACGGAGCUGAGCGAUCCCGCUGAAUCGAAGACACUGAAGCUGCUGCUAAGCUUUGCCGUCGGUGGACUGUUGGGCGACGUCUUCCUCCAUCUGCUACCGGAAACGUGGGAAAAUGAGCUGGCGGCCGGUAAUGGCGGUGCGCAUCCAUCGCUUCGGAGCGGCCUCUGGGUGCUCGGCGGUUUGCUGCUUUUCACGAUGGUCGAGAAAAUCUUUUCCGGUUACGCGAACGUAGACGAAGCUAAUCCGCAGCCAAAAUGUGUCGAAAUCGCCACAUGCCUUUUGCGCCGUUCGGGCGGAAAACUACCGGAUAACUUUGUCGGUACCUGCGGCCAGAGUGGCUCCUGCGACAUCGAGGAUGUGCCCAAUGGGUGCUUCCUGGCGGGCAAUGGUAACGCGGCAGAUGCGGCCAAGGAUGAGGCAGGCCAUAAGAAGGUGGCCGGUUACUUGAACUUGCUGGCCAAUUCGAUCGAUAACUUCACGCACGGACUGGCGGUUGCCGGUUCCUUCCUCGUUUCUCUGCAGCACGGCAUCCUGGCUACGAUCGCCAUAUUGUUGCACGAAAUUCCUCAUGAAGUCGGUGAUUUCGCGAUCCUGUUGCGAUCCGGCUUCAGCCGCUGGGAUGCAGCCAAAGCACAGCUACUGACGGCGGGCGCUGGUCUGCUGGGAGCCCUGGUGGCGAUCGGUGGCAGCGGGGCAACGACUGCUCUUGAAGCGAAAACCUCCUGGAUAGCACCGUUCACUGCCGGUGGAUUCUUGCAUAUUGCACUCGUGACCGUGCUGCCCGAUCUACUCGACGAAUCCGAUCCAUGGGAAUCGGUGAAACAGUUUUCUGCCCUCCUUCUCGGCAUUGGCCUGAUGGCGUUUAUGACGGUGUAUUUGGAGCACUAAAUUAGUGAGAGAGAAAAAAUGGUAUUGGUUCCAUUGUGGAAGAGUGGAGAAAGAGGGAGAAAAGGAUCCCGCUAUCGAUCGGUAUGAUCGUUCGAUACUCUGCGCAAUCUGUUGUAAAAAAAAACUGAAUCACAAAAGUAUGUAAAAUUGAUAGUAUGCCAUUGGUUGAAGAAGUGAUUAAUGCGAGUGCCGUUGACCGUAUUUCUGGUGUGAAUGUUGCAAUUGGAUGUUUUUGUAUGCGUGCGAAGCAAUGGCAGGGACUCAAUGAUUAGGUUUUAGAUUGAAAUUAUUAACCUGUAAGGCAAGAUCAACAUAAAACCGACACACCAGUGAUUGGCUAGUGUCGUUUUGUAAAGCAAACGGUCCAGCGGCACAAAAUCGUCAGUAAUGUAAUGAUAGUACCACCGGAAAACGAAGGUCCUUAUAUCACCGUCUCCCCCCUGGACAACCAUAAUCAUCGAGCAGGAAUUCGUUAGAAACUAGACGAUUAAAAUACUGACGAAAUGACGCCCCAUGGUUCGUGUGGAGCACGUUAGACGUGGAGGACUGGCUAACCUCCAAAAAGCAUAGUUUUUAGUAGAUAAGGAAACCCAGGCCAUAGGAUGAAAUCACAUUUACCUCCCUCGCGAGGACACUAUUAUAGCAGGAUAAGAUUUUGCUGCAUUACAUUGAAUGAAAGGCUAGUCCGUAGAUAUCUGCGAACCUUCGCUCGCGUGUUCUCUUCCAGCACCCUUUGGCGCACAGAUCGGUCACUGGGUGAAUUGAUCACGUCGCUCAUUUACGUAUCGUUUGAAGAGUGACUGGGAUGUGAUAAACUAUUUGUUAUAACCGAUGUUGUUUCAUACAAAAACUACACAUUUCACCUUGCCCGAGAGGUGGUUCGCGUUUGAGAAAGUAUAAUAAAUAUGUAGCCUUCGUGGAGCUGCUGUACAGACAAA